UUUUUUAGACUCCCGCCAGAAUAUCCGGAUCCAUGGCCUUACAAAGAAAGAGGCUAUAAUUACGUUGAUGCGCUUACUGACCGAACACAAUCUCGAUUUCAUCAAAACUCCAAGCUGAUUGUUGUGGAAGGAAAUAUUGGAGUAGGAAAGAGCAAACUUUCGGCGGAACUAGCCGAUCAACUUGGAUUCUACUAUAUGCCAGAAUUCAAAAUGGAGGAUGUACUUAUAGACCGAUAUGGGAACGAUUUGAGGAACUUUUACCAUCUAGUUAGUAAAUUAUUUCAAUUAACAACCAAUAAUCGGCCUUCGUUUUCAGUUCCCAGAAAGUUUUCGAAUGCCUGA